AUGGCUCCUUCGCCGCCCAGACUACGGAUACUAUCAGUUGGUGGUAAUGCAAUAUCAGCUUUUCUCUCCUGGCGGCUCCAGGCUACAAACGCCUGCGAUGUGACCCUCGUGUGGAAAUCCAGCUUCGACGCAAUAUCGCAAUUUGGCGUCACGUUCAAAUCAAAGACCUUUGGAAAUGAACGCUUCAAACCAUUUCAGGUUGUACGCACUCCAGAAGAAGCGGGCUCGACUGACCCACCCUUCGACUACGUUAUUCUUUGUGUGAAAGCGCUACCAGAUAUCUACGAUCUUGCUGCCGUCAUUCAGUCGGUUGUCACACCCCAACACACCUGUAUUUUGGUCAAUACCACAAGCGCUCUGGGCGUCGAAUCUCAUCUGGAGCAUCGAUUUCCUACAAAUGUUGUUCUCUCUUUAGUCUCUGGAAUUGAGAUAAGCCAGACUGGGCCCACUGAAUUCGAACAUGCGGCAUCAACAGAUACUUGGGUUGGACCUUCUUCGAAAAAUGUCAUGAUUCCUUCGUCCAUACAGAACGAUAUGGCUGUAGCAUUGGCUAUCACAUUAAGCACAGGUCAAGUCGACUGCAAAGUUUCAGAUAACAUCAGGCAAGAGCAGUAUGAACGCAUGAUCGGACCCAUCGCAUUCUAUCCCGCUAGCGUGAUGUUUGAAUGUCCAAACCACGCAGACCUCUUGGAGAAAGUAGGGUUACGCCAACUAAUUUCUGGUGUUAUCGAUGAGCUCCUCAGUCUCGCCAAAGCUCAAGGCUGCACCUUUCCUGAGAAAUUCAAUGAAACGAUAAUUGAGAAAAUGAUUUCCCAUUCCGAUACUCCAAGCACUAUGUACCAGGAUUGGUUAGCAAGACGUCCAAUGGAGGUGGAAACAUACUUAGGAUCGCCGAUAAAGCUAGCUACAGAAAUUGGUAUUAAAAUUCCUCGAAUCGAGACACUAUAUGCGAUGUUACACCACCUCAACAAUAUCAAUCAGGCAAGGCAACCGCAGGAAACAACAUCGCUGUCUCCGGUUCACCCACCCCCAAGACUUUCAUCCGCACCUUCACGGCCCCCAAUGAAUGGAAUGCGUGCUAGCCGAACGGGACCUGGGCCUGGUACAGGAGCGCACCUGCCUCGACGUGGCCCAUCUUUGAACGCUACGCACCCUAGACCACUUCCCAAUGGAUUGCCUCCAAGAGGCCCGCAGCCCAUUCAGCGAGAAUUAUCAGAAGAGCAUAACCUGGACGAAUUUAGCCAUCUUGUGCUGUACGACGAUGUGGUAGAGGAUGGGGCGCAGAAUGGUGGAUACGGUCCUGUAUCAAACGGAGGAGGGCUGCCUCCAGAUAUUGCUUUGAGAGAGCGCGAGUUAGCACUACGGCAACGUGAACUACUACUGAGGGAGCAAGAAAUGAACAUGAGAAGAGGUGGGCGGCGACCAUCGGCAGCGCGUGAUGCUUUUGAUGACAUGGACGAGGAUGAUUACUUUGAUCCAAUGGACCAUCGAGGGCCUCCUCUCCCUCAGAUUGAUCCUGACAAUUUUGACAUGCUGAGCGUUACUUCUCGUAGAAAUCGGAAGAUACCAAACCAGAAUGCAGGCCAAUUUCGCAAGAACCCCGAGAUGAGUGGGGGUGGUAGACCCCCCUCAGCUUUCAACAGGCAUUUUGGCGGCGGGGGGCGAAACCGUGCAAGCGCCCGAUUAAUGGAUGAGAUACCCGGAGCGCAUGACUCCUUGCUAAAUAACCCUAUGAUGGGUUAUUCCUCUAAUCGUUAUGGAAAUGUCGAUAGAAAGGAGAUUCGCGACGAAUCGAGAGCCAACUCACUGACGGCUAACAACUUCCAUCCCCCAAAUAGGCGAACCAGCCAAUCUCCCAAUACGUCUUUCCACCCUGCCGGACGUGGUAUGGGCCGGCCACCCCCUGGUCAUGACCCAUAUAACGGACAACCUAUGGUGUCUCCUGGGGGAAGACCAUCUCCUCCCGGAAUGAUGAGGACGCCAGUUCUGAAAUAUCCUCCUGGACAAGGAAACACGGGUGCGGCGCAGCAGGUCGACCAACAUGUCGGGGUGAGCAAUUCGUAUCCAAACAAGGGCACUCCAAACAUUCGAAGUCUGACAGGGAGUGCGAGCGCUAGCGCGGGGAGUGGUGACAGCGGCGCAAGUGCCAAUAUCGACUCUGAAAAUUCCGCCCACAGCAGCCAGAGUAGCCUAGGGCCUCGUCAUUCAUCGAUGGCUCGCUGA